AUGAAUUACAUACGUUCAUCUACUUUGAGACAAGCAUCUCGUUCCUAUGCAACGGGUCUGGCUCCUCCCAGAAAAAUCGGUGCCAUUAAAGGAAGCUUGUUCGGAUUUUUAUUGGGUGUUACUUUGACUGGCGUCGGAUCUUAUUAUUAUUUACUCGACAAGUAUAAGUUAGCUAAUGGGAUCAUAAUUGCUGACGUUGCGGCAUUACAGAGCUCUGUAGCUGACUUGGAAGUGCAUGUGAAGGCAAUUGAAGAUUCUAAAAAGUAG